AUGGAUUUGCUAUGGUUGCUGAAAUUUCAACUCAAGUUGGAAGUUGAGUCAUUGGCGCUGGUUGCUGUGAUAGCUUGGUGUCUCUGGUAUUCGUGGAAUCAGGUGCAUCUGGGAGGUGCUCAGCAAUCGGCUUGGCAUAUUUUCCAGUGGGCAUGGACAUAUUUGGAAGAGUUUCAACUUGCAAAUCAUCUCCCUACCCAGCCUCGGUUUGUGUCAGAAGUACUGUGGUCGCCUCCAAAACCCCUUUGGUUUAAAGUAAACAUCGACAGUGCGGUCUUUUCUUCUCUCAAAUCUGUGGGUGUAGGCAUUGUGGUUCGAGAUCAGUGGGGUAACGUUGCUGCAGCGAUGAGUAAGUUGGUCAAUGCUCCGUUGGGUCCACUUGAAACGGAAGCAAUGGUUAUGGAGGAGGCUAUCCAGUUUGCUAGAGAUACUGGUUUUCUUGACGUUAUUUUUGAAAGUGACUCUUUGUCUAUGAUUCAGUCCCUUAAUGGUAGUCUUAUUCCUCCUGCUAGCAUUGUCAACAUUAUCUCAGGUUCUCUUCAAGCCAUUCGCUACUUCGGGCAGGUGGAAUUUGUCUAUGUCCCUCGCACAGGUAAUAAAGCAGCUCAUGGCCUAGCUCAGUGA